UGCAGGCGACGCGUACUCAAGACGAGACAAGAACAAGAACAAGACAAGAAAGAUCAUUGACGAGGACUGGGCAAGAGACAGCAGCAGGGCAAGGCACAUUAAUCACACUUCAUUGACGGCCUUGUGCAGAGACUUGAAAACAGCGCUAGAGAAGAAGAGCCGCAGAACAAAUGCCGACUGCAACGACACAAGAAACAAUCGAGCUGGCAAGCACCCUCGUCACCGUCCAUCCACUCGUCCUGCUCUCUGUCGCAGACUCGUAUAAUCGCUCAGCAGCCGGUACAAAACGGCGCGUCGUCGGUGUCCUGCUCGGCCAAAACAAUGGCAAAACAGUCAAUGUUGCCAACUCCUUCGCCGUUCCCUUUGAAGAAGACGAGCGAGACCCGAAUGUCUGGUUUCUGGACCAUAACUUUGUCGAAAGCAUGUAUGACAUGUAUCGCAAGAUCAAUGCAAAGGAAAAAAUGAUUGGAUGGUAUCACUCUGGACCAAAACUCAAAUCGAGUGAUUUGGCCAUUAGUGAGUUGUUUAAGCGGUGGAUCCCGAAUCCGGUGUUGCUGGUGGUGGAUGUUCGGCCAACACCGGGGAUCCCUACUGAAGCGUAUUUCUCAGUGGAUGAAAUCAAAGACGACGGGACUUCUACAUCACGGACGUUUGUGCAUGUAAGCAGCACCAUUGAAGCGGAAGAGGCAGAGGAAAUUGGUGUGGAGCACUUACUACGCGAUGUGCGUGAUCAGUCUGUUGGAUCGCUGAGUACCAAGAUUGCAGACCAACUACGCUCCCUUCAGGGCCUCUCUGCACGUCUGGGAGAAAUCUCAACAUACCUCGAAGCGGUCCUCAAGGGCGAACUUCCAGUCAAUCAUGCCAUCCUGGGAGAACUUCAAGAUAUCUUCAAUCUGCUGCCGAAUCUCACUCCAGCCGAUGCCCUCAAUGCAACCAAACCCAACGCUGCGAAGGAAACAGAGCUGAGUAAAGCAUUCAGGACGAAUAUGCACGAUAGCCUCAUGACAAUCUACCUGUCUUCUCUCGUGAGAGCAGUCAUGGCCCUGCACGACCUGAUUGAUAACAGAAAAGAACAAGGCCUUGCCAAGCUGGCAGGCGAUGCGGAUCGAGCCAAGGAAUCAGCUGCGAUUGAAGCAGACAUUGCAAAAGAGGCUCAAGAGUCAAAGGACAAGGCAGCAAAGGAGAAGCAAGCGAAAGAGGAUAAGGGUAAGAAGUAGAUGACCCUUGUAGCUGACUGAUCUGUGACUGCUAGAUCUAUCUCUCUGCUCGACAAUCUCUUGCAUGUGAAGACCACGACAUUCGUCUAUCCGGGGCGUUGCAGGUGCCGGUGCAGCCCAUCAACAUGCAUAGAUGACGACAGCCACAAUCGUUGAGCAUGCCGCCGUCUCUCAGCCAAAAGACGACGCUGAAUCGCGCAACAGCGCCAGGAUCGGCGGUGCGAGUGCCGUGUCGCGCUCACUCAUCGGUCAAAUACUCGCUGUUUGGUUUCGCGUGCCCGUCAAGCUAUUCAGGCCAGCACGGAUCGAUUAUAUGA